UUUCUUCACACAAGCAAGCCUUGUUAAUUUUGGUUGCGCGGUAGAGUCGAGAGCUUGAGCUAUUCUUGAACUUCCUGUUUCUGUUUUCAUCCCCCUUUCCUGCAAAGAUUGUUUAGUGUCUGGUACACUAUUGAACUUGUUACUUCUCACGACAACUUGACAACGACUUCAAUCCCCGGUAAUAUUCAAUAUACUAAUCGACCUUCUUCUCCCAUUUCCCCCUCCCUCCUCUGUGGCAUCUUACCUUUGAGCUGUGCUCAAAACGAUAGCUGCUACGACCAUACACUACCACCAGCAUUCUUUGCCUGAUAGAACGACUGCAUUUGACGACAAAUCAAGAAGUUUCAUACAAUCACUUUUGAGGAAUACAAACAAACAUCGUUGCUGGUCAACGAAUUGUCCUGGGUAUCCCAAGCCUAAUAGCUAGCUCACUACAACAACUACUACUACUACUCGCUGCACGCCUAUCUUGCUGUGCUCACUCAACAACCUGGUUUUCCAUUACAAUUGUGUUGUUGUUUCAUAUACACCUUAAUUUUUCCUGUCCCCGGCCGGUUUGCCUCCAGGUACCUUUAUCUGUGGAUCCAUACCGUCGUCGACUUUCUUGUCAAUUUUGUCUACCACGGGAUUGCCGGUCAAUCCCAACAGCGACAAAUCAAGCCUUGUUAGCCACGUGCAACAACUGAUCUGUGGUUCUCGUCUAUCACGACUCCGACUCACUCUUUGCGAACACAGCAUCUGUUCGAUUGCCAUCUAUCUCGGCACCUAAUAUACCCAAAUACCGUCUUCUCAACCAAGACCUGACCAAAAACAACAUUCAACAUGUCCAACCCUGCAGUUCAACUCUCAUUCACCCUGCGGACUUCUCCCAACGUUCGUACUGUCCACCUUCUCGGUUCAUGGGACAACUACAAAUCGCAACUCCCUCUCUCUGCUCUCAAGGAUCCAGCAGCCAAGCCUGGUAGCUGGAAGGGAACUUUUCGAUUUCAAGGAUCCACUGCUCUCAAGCUCGGUAACCGUUACUGGUAUUACUACAUCGUCGAUGGCUACCAUGUCUCCCAUGAUCCUGCUAAGGAGUUCGUCACUGAGAAAACUACUGGCCGAAAACUAAAUGUCAUUGAUGUCCCGGCUGGUGACAAGAUCCCUUCUCGAGCGUGCCGUCCGACCGUAGACACUCAGAAUCUCUCCAGCCAUCGUCACUCUCGAGACAUUCCGAUCGGGCGUGCUCUCAGUCCAGGCAAGAUUCAGCAUCCCAUGCCAACCAAAGCUUACGCUAGCCGUCAACUUCGCGAAGCAGACUAUGAGAGGUCACCUGUGGAAGAGCUCGAAGACCGAUUCGCCAGGUACCGGAUUAGUCCAGGCGAUUCAGCUUCGCCGUCUGAGUUGUCAGACUCAAGCUCCAGCUCUGGAACAGCAUUCAGUCGAUCGUCACCUUCCAGCUUGUCCAGCGUGUCAGACCGAUCAUGCCGUUGUGAACGAUACGGCGUGACCAAGUCCGGACAACGCGUCAAACUUGACUGUGGUGGCAAGCGUUGUGGCACAUGGUCGCCUAGCUCGAGCGAAUGUGACAGCACCGACAGUGACAGCUCCGAGGACGAACGCGCGUAUCGUCAGCGCAUGAAACGUGAAUCAGACCGACAACCAGCCUCUCAUCACGACCAACGGCGAGUCGUCAUGGUCGAAAAGAGACGUCGCUGAAUGAGAGAAGAUCGGAGUCUGGAGAGUCAUUUGAAUGAGAAUUCCACCGCUAAUCAUUUCUGUACUGGUGGAAUGGCCCAAUGUUAUUGUGUCUUUUCUUUUUUGUUUGGCGCCAACACCCCAAAAAACAAGACAACCCCAACUUUCGUGGACAAACAGGAUCGUGUGAUGGUGGUAGUGUACCCCGAACCUUUUGUUGUGUCCACGUCGCACCCGGGGAUCCGGGCCCAAUCCUGAACAGCCAUUUUUGUGACUCUUUCAUGGUUGGGCCCAUCGGCAUCUCAGAAACAUCCCUCGGGAGCCCAUCUGAGAAACCCCCUUCGAAGCCGAGAUUGACCUCGGUCUGAGUUUCCAUGUCUCUGACGACAUGAUCCCAGGCUCUCGGCACGCUGGGCGUACGGACGUCGUCUUGAACGCACAGUCAAAGAGGGAGAGCGAGGAGGAGGACGAGGAGUAGUUGGACUGAUGAGGAGGGAGGCAUGUGUGCCGAGGAGGAUGAUGGGAUACUUUGACAAGAACUGUGAUGACCCCCUUCUGGGGCCCUCUGUUCCCAUCUCCCAACGCACACGGCUAGUGGUGUCGAUGGAUAAGCCCUACUUUCAUUGAUAGGUACUUCUGUAGUUUGGUUCGGCGGCAGUCACUGGCCGCUAAACCUACAGGUCAAUCUCAUACCCAUGCCCAUGCCUAUGCCGG